AGUUGCUUCUUCAGAAAGCUUCCCCGGCAUUCUCUCCAAACUCGCCCUGCUGUUGUUCUUUCGCCGAUGUCACCCUCUGGCCGGCCCGUGCGGCUCCUUCACUCCGGAAUCGAGUAGCUCGAAGACGCUGGCAACGUGGGUCAUGAUUUCGGCACCGUGUAAGAAAAAGAUCAUCUCUACUCUGUCCAUUUCCGUACGGCACAUCUAGCUUCCAUUCCUGCACGGGUUCAAGUCUUCCAGUGUUAUUGUAGCUGGAGAGAGCCACAGCCACCGUUUGUCGUCUUACAAGGGUAAGAAAUUAAAGGAAAGGGUUUUUAUUUGAAUAUUUUGGUUUCAUCACUCCAUUGUUAGCAUUACUCUGAUUUUGUGUUUAUUCCCGAUAUGGAUCUGCGGACCGAUGUUAGUUGGACCUGUGUUUUGUUGGGUUUUUUUGGGUUGUUGAUGUUGUAUGUAUGGAACUGAUUUUUUGCCACUGAUUUUUUGGUUGUUGAUAUCAUUUGAACUCCACGUUGAAAUCGUAUUCCCAAGCCUUCCUGUUUCUCUCCCUCUUCGCUCCGAUUCUCUCCAAUUUCUGGUCAUGGUGUCCCAUUUGUUUCCCACUUUCUAGUGAUGAUGGAGCUGGAGUCCCUUCAACAAGUGAUUAGAGUGGUAGCGCAUAAUAAGACUGGUAGUUAGUCCACGAUUCUUUCAUUCUUGAACAUUACUUUUUUUUUUAGUUUAUUGCAUUAGCGUCUGUAAAUAUACCUUUUAUUUUUUUUUCUAUUUAUUGGAUGGAGGGUAGGGUCUCUUUUGUCUUGCCAAUUCGAGAGAGUCUAUUUCGAGUUACCCCAUCAAAACAUAAUUGUAGUUGAAGAAGCCUUGGCAAAUUGACUCUAGUGUAUUAUGUCCAGCACCUUUUAAAUCAGCUCGUCCCCAGCAGAAAGGGAGAGUUCCUUUGGCUUUCAGAUCACGCAGAAAGGUGGUUUUUAUCCCUUUAUUAGUGAGUAAUAAAAGAGAACUCAGAAGUGAAAAGAGCGGUUAUGCUUGAUCUAUUAGCUGAUGAAACUGAAAAAGAAAGGCCCCUCACAUUUUAAAACGUGAUAUAUAGUAUAUAGGAACACUCAACACAAUCUUUCCAUGAGCGUUGAGAGUUGGUUUUUUUGGCUCUUGAGUGCAAAACUUGAAAUUGAUAAGAGUGUUUCUCGGACAGUUCACGCGCAAGUUGAGGUGCCCACUUUCUUUUUAAAACCUGUCCAUUUUACACCGCAUGAACACCCUAUAUAUAUAUAUUUUAAUUUCAAGGGGUGCAUAAAUGCUUUAAUUUGUAGUUUUAAAGAUGAGUUAUCGAUCUAUAUAUAUAUAUGCUUGGAAGAAAAAUGCGAUUGAAGAAGUAGACGAGAAUUAGUCUCCCGUACACGAUCUUUAACAUUUAUUUUUUCGUGUUCUUUUAGAGAUCUAGGUGAAAUAUUAUUUACAUGAUCUGCAUGCAGAUGCAGAUAUAUAUAGAUCAUGAAUGGCAUCAGGGGUCUCACUCACUCUCUCUCUCUCUCUCUCUCUCACACACACACACACUAGUACUUUUCUUGAUGUAAAUCAUCUUUCCAGCACUAAACUGAAAGUACUACUUCGAACUAGACGAGGAAGGACUCGAUCUAGAUAUAUAAUUAUGCUAAUAGCUAAUAGAUGUGUACUCAACAUUUUGCAUUUUGGUAGUUCAUCACGUGAUGCGCCGCUGCCGCCAUCUUGAAAUUAUAGUGGGGUCUUUGAUUUAGGACACCCAAGUAAUUAAGCCCAAGGUUGAUGGCUUUUUUGGACUUUUGGCUCUAAAGGCUUUUUUGGACUUUAUCAGCCAGUUAAUUUUCGGAAAAAAAAAAAAAAGAUCAUAAAGAAAUUUCAAACAUUAGGAAAUGAGAAGGAAGGAUACAGCCAACCCAAAAAAAGAAACACAACUUGUAGAGAUUAGACUUGGUUGAAUAUUCCAACUUGUCAACAUACAUGAACUACAGAAGAAAGUAGAGAGGAAAGUCUGAAAAACAAUAGACGAAUAUUUUUAGCUUCCAUCUUUUGCAUACCCACUUGUUUCUUCAGCAAGCUUCUCCCACACGUUUGCCAUUUUCUCUGCAUAUCCAGCCUGUUUAUGCAAUAUCAUUUGAGGGCAAAUUUUAAAAUCAACGCUCAACGGUAGAAGAACAUGUUAUGUGUAUUUUUCUAAAAUACAUGACAUGGUCAGUUAUAGUUAUUGAUCUAUAACAUAUUCAAUGGUUUUCUAUUUCAAUUACUUAAACAGAAAGUCGGUUAAAAUUCAUCGUAAGAAAGAAAAUGACUGAAGAUGACAAAAUAUAAAUUGAAUGACAACAAUUUUCUAUUCUAGAUAGAUCUCUUGAACUACAGUUCUCUUGAACUACAUCUUCAUCUAUAGCCAUGCAGCCUUGUGAGGUUUCAGCCCACUAGAUAAGCUUUGUCCACUAACAUUUGAUUCUAGUAGAUACUGUGCCAGAGCUGAAAGAGCUCCUCAAAUCCGGUGAUGGGCGAAGAGGAAACUAGUAGGCCAUCCAUGCCUUCUACAUCGACCCAGGGAUAUCACCUGCCAUAUAUGAUGCCUACAUAUCCAAAUCCAUAUCCGUAUACUUGGGGUAGCCAGCAUUUGGCAAUGCCACCCUUUGGGCCAACCGUGCCAUACCCUCUAUCGACUAAUCCGGAGGAGCUGAGACUAGGUGAAGAUACAACGCAGCAUUCAUCCAUGCCACAUGACGUACCAACUAUGCCAUUUAGUGUCGAAAGUGAGAAGAAUGUUGGAGAAACUUCACCUGACAAAAGUUUAUCCCCAAAUGUGGAGGAUCAGUUUGAAGUAUCAGAUGAAGAUAAUAAAGUUGAGCCUCCGAAAGCUGGUAUGAAAUUUGGGUCUAAUAAAGAGGUUUUAUCAUAUUACAAACGAUAUGCCAAACAAGAGGGUUUUGGGGUUAUUAUAAGAAGGACGAAGAGAGAUAUAGAUGGCCAUGCAAGGUAUGUGACGAUUGCAUGUGCACGUGGCGGCAGGUACUAUCCAUGCCAUAGUAACUUAUCAAAGUCACGACCAACAACAAAAACAGAUUGUAAGGCGAAGGUUAAUGCUCGCCUAGUGAAGGGGGAAUGGGUGGUGACCAGUGUCGAGCUUGUUCACAAUCAUAGUACUAUUAGCCCUAAAAAAGCAAGAUUUUUUAGAUCUCACAAAAAUUUAGAUGAAUACAGUCAGAGGAUUCUUGACUUGAAUGAUAGAGCAGGUAUUCGGAUACAUAAAAAUUUCAACGCACUUGUGACUGAUGCCGGGGGGUAUGAGAACUUAGAUUUCCAAGAGAAAGAUUGUAAAAAUUUUAUUGACAGAGCUCGACAUUUGAGAAUGGGUAAAGGAGGUGGGGAAGCACUGAACGAGUAUUUUAAGAGAAUGAGGAAGAUGAAUGAUGGCUUUGUGUCCGUCAUGGAUGUGGAUGAUGAGUUUAAAGUUAGGAAUGUCUUUUGGGCUGAUGCAAGAAGUCGAGCUGCGUAUGAGUAUUUUGGUGAUGUGAUCACGUUCGAUACAAUAUACCUCACAAACAGGUACGGAAUGCCAUUUGCUCCCUUCGUUGGUGUCAACCAUCACGGACAGUCCAUACUUUUAGGGGCAGGCUUAAUUUCAAGCGAGGAUACAAGUACAUUCGUAUGGUUAUUUGAAGCAUGGUUAGAAUGCAUGAAUGGACGGGCACCCCACGCCAUCAUAACAGACCAAGACAGGGCAAUGAAGAAUGCCAUUGCCAUUGUAUUCCCGAACACAAGGCAUCGAUAUUGUCUCUGGCAUAUAAUGCGGAAACUUCCUGAAAAAUUGGGAUCCCACUCAGCAUACCAUGAGUUGAAGACUGCCAUUCAGAAUGCAGUCUACGAUACACAGAGUUGUAAAGAAUUUGAUGAGAAGUGGGGGCAGCUAAUGAAUAACUAUGCUCUUACUGAUAAUGCAUGGUUGCAGGGGUUGUACACCGAGAGAUCAUAUUGGGUACCAGUUUAUUUGAAAGGUGUAUUUUGGGCUGGUAUGAGUACUACCCAACGGUCUGAAAGUAUGAACGCCUUCUUCGAUGGAUUCGUGCAUUCCGGUACGACAUUAAAAGAAUUUGUCGAUCAAUUUGACAAUGCUUUGAGGAAGAAGGUGGAGACGGAGACGACAGCUGAUUUCCAUUCCUGUAACCAAACAAUCCCAUGUGUUUUUUCAUUCAAAAUUGAGAGGCAGUUUCAGUCAUGUUACACGAAUGCUAAAUUUAAAGAGGUCCAAGCAGAGGUUAUAGGGAUGCUUUUAUGUAACCCUUCACUUGUCAGCACACAAGGUAGCAUUUCUACCUUCAAUGUUUUUGAAGAAAUUUCCACCCCUGCUGGCCAAUCCAAAAUUAUGAAGUACGUAGUUUAUUUGAAUAAAGAGGAAUCGGAAGUUAAAUGCACUUGCGCCCUCUUUGAGAUGAAGGGGAUUAUUUGUAGGCAUUCAUUUAAAGUAUGUCAGAUGAAGUACAUUCAUGCUUUGCCAGAUAAAUAUUUGUUGGACCGAUGGCGGAAAGAUACAAAGAGAAGAUACACACUGGUUAAGAGUAGCUACGAUGAUUGUCGCCUCAAUCCGGAUGCACGUCGGUAUGAGGAAGUUGUUAAAAGAUGUAUACGAUUUGCCACACGUGUAUCUCGAAAUGAAGAGCAUGUAAAUGCAUUCUUUCAGUUUUUGGAUGACUUUGAGCUGAAGUUGGUAGGAGUAGAGCCUGUCACUUGUUCAACAAAGGAUCAAGAGAAUGUGGACGCUAAUAGGGGUAAGAAAAUAUUAAGUCCACACGUUGUUCGGGGGACAGGGAGGCCGCCAACGCGAAGAAAGGUCCCGAUGGUUGAGAAGGCUGCUGGGAAGAGAAGGAAGAAACAUGUAUUAGGUUUUGGUUCGUCGCUUGUAUUUCCAUGAAAACGAAUUGCAUACAUAUGGGUUCGUAAUUUGUGUUUUUUUCUAUUUUCCAAAUUAGAUCAAGAGGAAAAUAUUUGACGACGAACCACAAAAUCACAACAAUCUGGUGUCAGAAGUCUAUCCUUAUGUUGACGACGUUGUUAUCCCAACCCAGUGUAGUAAUUUAACACAAGCAACGCCACUAGCAAAUGACGAGGUGUGAGGUUAUUUCCAUGGGUGUGCUGAUUUUCAUUUAUUACACGAAUGCAGUUUUUCAUUUUUAAUUUCUCUAUUAUAGUAAUAUGUUUAUUUUGCAUGUGAUUAGGCUAUGCCAAGCUUGCCCCAUGAUACUUAGAAUUGGAUACUGUAUGUGUAUCUUGGAUAUCUCAGUAUUUUGUGUCAUCUGAGGUGGAAGAUACAGCUUCGACAUUUGAUUUGAGCAACUAUGGUAAGCACGUAUGAAAUCUAGUAGAUGUUUUUUAAUUUUAUGCAAUAUAAAGAUAUAUCACAUAGCAUCCAAUUUUUAUCGCAUUUAUGUUUUACUAGGUUUGCUUUAUUUUAAUUUCCUCAAUAGCGUGUAUCUAUAUAUAUACAACUUAUAACUAGCACAUCUGACAACACCCUUGAUGUACUUAAACAUAAAUUUCACUCUUUAACAUAUCUGUGGUUGUGCACAUGCAGUUUUUUAUGGGGGGAGAGAAUGAUGAUCAUCAUCAUCUUGGUCUACUACCAUUGAAAUGUGGGGAGUGUAGCGAAUAUUAUCUCGGCAUCCGACCCAUACGGAGUGAAACAUAACAUACCAAUGAUAUGUUAUAUAUUUUAUUUAUGGGAUUUAGAAGCUUCACUUCUGAAACCACUGUGCUUUCUAAUUUAUAUGUUAUGAACAAUUUCUAUUUUCUCAAGUUUAUUAUAUAUGUGGCGGAUACACUAGUAAUUUUUCGUAUUUUCAUUUAAUAUCUUGCAGGUACUAUUUGCAGAUGAUAGGAGGAUGUUUUUGAUCCCACUCAACUCUGUGGAAUGUGUAUGUAUUUUGCCAAUAUUUUGGAGGCUAUGGCAUAGGAGUUGAAAUUUAACUAACUUUUGUAGAGGAAGUUGAAAGGAGAAAGUAUUUUGUGCAGGAAUUUGUAAAUGAAAAUGUGAAUUGUGUAUUUGUAAAUGUUGGUUGUAUAUUAAGCGGGUUGGAAAAUUUGAAGUACAUUCGUAUGGUUGUAUAUGAAGUACAUUCGUAUGGUUUAAAAAUUGUAAUAUGAAGUGGCUGGAAAAUUUGAAUAUAAAAAUUGUAAUAUGAAGUGGAGCAAUUGAAUGCA